AUGGAGUCCAAACUACAUCCCAGUACUACUGCUCUACACCAUGAAGGUGAAAAGCCAGGUGAGAAUCCUGGAAACCAUGAAAACCAUCAUGCAACGACGGCACAUGGUAUCGUGGAUGCUACAGCUCUUUUUCAAGACGAUGGUACCGGUCAUCUGUCUAGCAAACUCCUUCUUCCACGACCAACUGAAGAUCCUCGUGAUCCCUUGACUUGGUCGACCUGGAGAAAGCACCUUGCAUUUUCAACAAUAUGCCUCUUCGUCUUCAUGUCCAACUACACCACAGCGUCGAUUUCACCAAUCUUGUUGACGGUUAUGACCGACUUGAAUGCUGAUCUGGCUCAGGCUGGUUAUCUGAUCACUUUGAACAUCUUGACGCUGGGAUUGGGGAAUUUGUUCUGGGUUCCACUUGGUCUGAAGAUUGGAAAACGGCCCGUAUUGCUUCUGAGCACCGCAAUAUUCUUUGCAUCCAGUGUCUGGGCUGCUGAAGCAAAGAGCUAUGCUUCCUUGCUGGCUGCUCGUGUUGUCCAAGGAUUUGGUGCAAGCUCUUCCGAGGCCUUAGGGCCGGCUAUCGUUGCUGAUCUGUACUUCUUGCAUGAGAGAGGAGCUAUGGUAGGCUUUUAUACCCUCAUGAUUGCAGUUGGAAGUGCACUAGGUGGGGUAUUCGCAGGUUACGUUGCGAAUGCGAAUUCUGAUUGGCGCUGGGUGCUCCACAUGGACACAAUCAUGGUUGGAGCGGUGUUCCUCUUCACCAUCUUGUUUCAGGCGGAAACCAACUUCAUACGCCCACAGGAGUACGAGACUGGCGAAGGAAUGGAAAGGUCUGAGCUCCAAAGAAUACAGGCCACUACUCGAAGUAGCUGGCUCAAAACACUGAGUGUGAUGAGCUGGUAUGAUAAGACUGUAUCGAUCUGGUGGCUUUGGUGGCGACCGUUUCUGACACUUCAAUAUCCCUCAGUUAUGUGGGGUUCUCUUACAUAUGGAGUAGUGCUUGGUUGGAUUGUCUUGCAGCAAACCGCAAAUGCUUCUGCCUUGCCGAUUUUAUACGGAUUCAAUGCAAUCAAGUUCGGAAAUUCUUAUUGGACCUACGUCGUCGGCGCUGUAUUGGGCUGCAUUGCUGGAGGACCUAUCAGCGAUUAUGUUGUCGUAUUUGUGGCGAAGCGUCGGAAAGGAUACUUCAAGCCUGAAUUUCGACUCUGGGCGCUGAUUCCAGCUUACAUUCUAGGUCCGGUAGGACUACUGAUGUGGGGGUUCGGGUUGGGCGGCCUCCUAGAUCCCAUGGUUGCCAUUAUUGGAUCCGGGGUCUCAUAUGGUGUGCUUUGCACGGUCCCAGCGAUUGGGAUGACUUAUGUCGUCGACUCCCACAGACCUUUAUCGGGCGAAACCAUGACCGUCUUGACUGCGUUCAAAAAUACCUUCGCUUUUGCGCUCAGUUUCGCAGUGACUCCUUGGAUUCAAAGGGACGGAUACGCAAAGCUUAAAUGCCCCCGUGACCUGCCAUCAUGUUCAAGGUGCAGGAGAGUUGGGGCUCUAUGUCAGUACCCGGUAAAUACCAGGCGAAAGGCUAUUGAGUCUCGACACAAACCUGUUCAUCGUCGAGACUCCGCCUUGCAAGGUGCGUCGACACGUCGCUCUGAGGAGGUUUCUCAGACCAAGGAGAGAACAAAUCACAAGACUGAGGCGGCAGCAAACGUUGCUACGUCUUCAAAGCCAUCAUCUGUAAUCACUCCAAUUGAAACAGCGGGUGUCUCCGAGACUGUCCUGAAGCAAGACAAAGGAAGCAAUGCCAUUCUGAACAUUGGAGUGGAUGAGGCGGCACUCCCUCCUGUCAUGUUUGGAUUGUCGUUACUCGAGGUCUAUUUCUCACACAUAUACAACGCAUCCUUGAUGUUUCUCAAGACGAAACUGUUGCAGGACUACGUUCAUGGGCAUGUUCCGGCUUUUUUGCUACGAGCUAUAUUUGCCUUGUCGACUAUAUUCAUCCGGGAUGCAGGAGAUGGCGGACAGUCUCGGGACCGCUCCUCUCACAUCGGAUUGUUGUCCGUGUUUGGCAGUCAAGGCUUGCCAUGGGCACAAUCUGCAGCGCAAGAAGCACUAAGCCUGACCGAUCGACCAACUCUAGAAGUCAUCCAGACAUUGCAGUGCCUGCAGUACUACUGGUUCUCCAUAGGAGAACUCGGCCGAGGGAUAGUUCAUCAUAUGCUCUCGUACCGAUUAUGCCUCAUCCUUGGGUACAAUAAAAUCACUCCGAACGUGCAAAAUGGCUCUGAUGAUCUGGCUUCCGAGCUAAAACGACGAUGCUUCUGGGCUUGCUGGGGCGCAAUAUGUAUCUUUCCCGAGCCUCUGACAGAAGCCGAGUUUUUAUGGCAACAGGCCGCCGACACACCUUUACCAGCCGUUCUAAAGUGGACUAGCAACGGCUGUAAAGUGGUGCUCUCUCAGGAAAUGGAUGGCGCCUGGAACGCGAGAGCCAUUGAUGGCCACGAAGAAUCAAAACUAGAGUUCAAUGCAAUGAACGAAGUAUACAAGCUUCUGGGUAUCUGGUGA